GCUCCUGCCCAGGAACGGCUGCUCGUGCGAGGCGGAGGCGGAGGCGGGGCUGGCGCUGCCCCUGCGCCGGCGGCUCUUCGGGCCCGGCCCGGGGGGGCUCGACUUCGCCAGCGCCUUCGCCCCCGGGGAGCGGCCGCGGCAGCUGCGGCUGCGGGAACGGGAGUACCGGAGCUACCGCAACCGGGUGCAGACCCCCGCCGACCGCCUGCUCAUCGUCCCGGCCAACUCCCCCCUGGAGUACCCGGCCCAGGGGGUGGAGGUGCGGCCGCUGCAGACGGUGCUGGUGCCCGGGCUGAGCCUGCAGGCACCGCCCAGGAACAGGUACCAGGUGAACCUGACGGCCUCGCUGGGCACCCUGGCGGUGGCAGCCGAGGUGGAGGGCGUGGCGCUGCGGGGGGAGGGGCAGCCGCACCUGUCCUUGGCCGCCGCCCACCUGGACCACCUGAACCGGCAGCUGCAGUUCGUGACCUACACCAACACCCAGUUCCACCCCGACACCGCCGACAUCGUGCAGUUCUCCACCGACGGUCACUCCGCCGCCUUCUCCAUCCGCAUCCGGCACCCGCCCACCCCCCGCCUGUACGGCCCGGCCGGGACCCCCGGGGACGGCGACGGGGACGGGGACGGGGACAGUGAGAGCGCCGGGGACAGCGCCGGGGACGGGGGGUACAACAUCUCGGCGCUGGUGACCGUGGCCACCAAGACGUUCCUGCGCUACGACAAACUGCGCGGGCUGAUCGCCAGCAUCCGCCGCUUCUACCCCUCCGUCACCAUCGUGGUGGCCGACGACAGCCAGCGCCCCGAGCCCCUGUCCGGGCCACACCUCGAGCACUACCUCAUGCCCUUCGGCAAGGGCUGGUUCGCCGGGAGGAACCUGGCGGUGUCGCAGGUCACCACCAAGUACGUGCUGUGGGUGGACGACGAUUUCAUCUUCACCCCCCGCACGCGGCUCGAGAAGCUCGUGGACGUGCUGGAGAGAACCAGCCUGGACCUGGUGCGGGCACGGGAGGCACCGGGGGGGCAGGCGGGGCCGGUGUGACCCCCGAGGUCUGGGGAGGGUGGUCCCGGUUGCCGUGUGCGGUGCCCGGUGCUGGAGAGAACCAGCCUG